GCCUCUCUCUCUCUCUCUCUCUCGCUCGAUCUCCCUCUUUCUCACGCAACGCAAGCAGCGCGGAGCGGCCAGCCAGGCAGUCGAGUAGCGGCAGGCGCAGACACGCCAGUUGGAAAGCCAGCCUUGUGUGCGUGUGUACGUCGCUGUAGCAUAGCAGCGGCAGCAGCAGCGAGUUGCGGAGAGAGAAGCGGAGGCGUAUCGGAGGCCUGAAGACAAGCGCUGCAGAGCCAGAGAGAGAGAGAGAGAGAGAGAGAGAGAGAGAGUAGUAUAGGGCCUGCAUCAGUGUAUAGGGGCAGCAGCGUCAAUGAGAGCCGCCACCGCUGCUUGUGUAUAAAACGCGAGUCGAGCUCUCGCGAGAGAAAGAGAUAGAGCGAGUAUAGUCAGGCAGCUCGCACAGAGCACGAGAAGAUGGCCGCUGCUCGCGAUCGACUCGCUGCUGCUGGAACGUAGUGUGUCGCCAUUGUGUGUGCGUGUGCGGUGUGUCGUCGCGGGCGUAGUGCGCGAGCGGAGUGUGCCCGAGGACACCCCCGAGGAGAGAGUGUGCAGUGUGUUGGACAAAACCUCGACGACGACGCCCACGAACAGUUAUCCGUCGCCGCCGAGCGUCUCGCGACUGCUCGCUGUAGCCUGCGCUACGACGACGACGACGACGACGACGACGACGCACCUGGUGAAUACCGCGUCCCGGACGCCGCUGCCGACACUGCUGAGCUGAUCAAGCGGCAGCAGCUCUAGCUCCGGUCUUCUCCCCGUCAGCUCUGCGCACCCGCACGCGAGCCAGGAUGCCGAGCGCAUCGUUCACCUCCUCGAGGAGCUACGUCAGGAGGUCGAGGAGGAAAGGAGCCAACAGGAUUCCCUUGCCCUCGAGGACGAGUUCGGCUGAGCCAUGUGACUUGCCGUGUGUUAGAUCAAACGAGAUACCCCAAGGCGGAGGUAUCGGAGGUGGAGGCAGAGGCUCCCCUAGCGUAUCAGGGGUUGCUGCGCCGUCACCUUCUCCAUCACACUCGCACUCAUCCCCUUAUGACCUCCGGCGAAAAAGCCCACCACAUCCAGAUCCAGCACCUGGCACAAGCUCAGCAUUACCUCCAUCCGGUGGUAGCAGUAUUUCAGCUGCACUGGGUUCAUCAUCCCUUCCAGCCAGAAAACGGCCUAGAAGGACUUGUUCUUUAUCCACGGAUGGAACAACCACGAACACCGCGGCGCACUACCUACAGUAUGAGCUGCCCGACGAAGUUCUCCUCACGAUAUUCAAUUACCUAGUGGAGCAGGAUUUAUGCAGGGUAUCACAGGUCUGCAAGCGCUUCCAGGUUAUAGCCAACGACACAGAGCUAUGGAAGUCGCUGUAUCAGCAGGUCUACGAGUACGAUCUGCCACUCUUUAAUCCUGGACCUUGCAAGUUUGAAUUUAUUUCUCCGGACGAAUCGGAGUAUCCGAACCCGUGGAAGGAGAGUUUCAGGCAACUGUACCGAGGUGUUCAUGUGCGACUUGGCUUCCAGGAUGUCAAACAAAAAGGCAGGAACUUGCCAUACUUUAACACCAUCCAGACCGCCUUGGACUACCUCGAUGAGUUUCGUAAUAGUAGUAGCUCGUCGCCGAGCAGUAACACAAGCUUGAACACGACCGGACAGGGUAACUGCUGUAGCGGCACUGGAGGCGGUGGAGGAGGAGGAGGAGGUGGAGGUGGUGGUGGAGGAAACGGAAACAAUUCCUCGCAGAACAAUGCCGAUGAAACGCCCCAGCACCUUGUGUUCCUGCAUGCGGGCACGUACCGCGGAGAGUUUCUCGUGGUUGACAGUGACGUUGCGCUGAUAGGCGCGGCACCUGGUAAUGUCGCUGAGUCCGUGAUCCUUGAAAGGGAAAGUGAGUCUACGGUGACGUUUGUCGAGGGUGCCAAGCGAGCCUACGCCGGCCAUCUCACUCUCAAAUUCAGCCCCGAUGCCCAGAGCACGGUUACGCACCACAAGCACUACUGCCUCGAAGUCGGCGAGAACUGCAGCCCCACGAUUGAUCACUGCAUCAUAAGGAGCUCCAGUGUUGUUGGUGCAGCAGUGUGCGUAUCUGGACUAGGCGCGAAUCCGAUCGUAAAGAACUGCGACAUCUCGGACUGCGAAAACGUUGGCUUAUACGUAACCGACUAUGCGCAGGGCACCUACGAAGAUAACGAAAUCUCGCGCAACGCCCUUGCUGGCAUCUGGGUGAAGAACUACGCCAAUCCGAUAAUGCGGCGGAAUCACAUUCACCAUGGACGCGACGUUGGUAUCUUCACCUUCGACAACGGCCUUGGCUACUUUGAGGCCAAUGACAUUCACAACAAUAGAAUUGCUGGCUUCGAGGUUAAGGCUGGUGCGAACCCUACGGUCGUUCAUUGCGAGAUCCAUCAUGGUCAGACGGGUGGCAUAUACGUACAUGAGACGGGCAUGGGCCAGUUCAUCGAUAACAAGAUACACUCCAACAAUUUCGCUGGCGUGUGGAUUACCUCGAACUCUAAUCCUACGAUUCGCAGAAACGAGAUUUACAAUGGUCACCAGGGUGGUGUCUACAUUUUCGGCGAAGGCAGAGGAUUGAUCGAACACAAUGACAUCUACGGCAAUGCGCUUGCCGGCAUACAGAUCAGAACCAACUCUGAUCCAAUCGUUCGACACAACAAGAUUCACCAUGGACAACACGGCGGUAUCUAUGUGCACGAGAAGGGUCAGGGUUUGAUCGAGGAGAACGAAGUGUUCGCUAACACGUUGGCCGGUGUCUGGAUCACUACGGGCUCAACGCCCGUGCUGCGGCGAAAUAGGAUUCACAGUGGCAAGCAGGUCGGCGUUUAUUUUUACGACAACGGUCAUGGAAAGCUGGAGGACAACGAUAUUUUUAAUCACCUAUACUCGGGAGUACAAAUAAGGACUGGAAGCAACCCCGUCAUCAGAGGCAACAAGAUAUGGGGAGGCCAAAACGGUGGUGUUUUAGUUUAUAAUAGCGGUUUAGGUUUACUCGAACAAAAUGAAAUUUUUGAUAACGCAAUGGCUGGAGUUUGGAUAAAAACUGACAGCAAUCCCACCCUAAAGCGAAAUAAGAUAUUUGAUGGUCGUGAUGGAGGUAUCUGCAUAUUCAAUGGUGGCAAAGGUGUUUUAGAAGAAAAUGAUAUAUUUAGGAACGCGCAAGCUGGGGUGCUUAUAUCGACGCAGUCGCAUCCGGUGCUAAGAAGAAAUCGAAUUUUCGACGGUCUGGCAGCGGGUGUCGAAAUAACGAACAAUGCCACUGCCACUCUAGAAUUUAAUCAAAUCUUUCACAAUAGAUUUGGUGGGUUGUGUUUAGCGAGCGGUGUGCAACCUACAACGCGAGGUAACAAAAUUUUCGAUAAUCAAGAUGCGGUUGAGAAAGCAGUAGGCAAUGGACAGUGCCUAUACAAAAUAUCAUCUUAUACGUCAUUUCCAAUGCACGACUUUUAUCGCUGUCAAACGUGUAACACCACCGAUCGAAAUGCUAUUUGCGUCAAUUGUAUAAAAACUUGUCACGCUGGUCAUGAUGUGGAAUUCAUCCGACAUGAUAGAUUCUUCUGCGACUGUGGAGCAGGAACUCUUAGCAACCAGUGUCAGCUGCAGGGCGAGCCGACGCAAGAUACGGACACGCUCUACGAUAGCGCCGCCCCAAUGGAGUCGCACACGCUUAUGGUCAACUAGGAUCUAACUUAAAAGAAAAUCUCACCUUUCUGCCCUCUCUCGCGAGAGACACCGCGCGUAAGUCCGUCGCGUUAUUAAACAAUUAAAUUAAAACAAAGUAAUUAAGAUGGCGCCGCGCGCUAUUGCAGGGCUUUUCGCCAACUUCCCGAGUGUACCGCGGCGUCCAAAGGCGCUCAAGCGUGUUCACGCAGAUCGAAGGGCUCUGCGAUUCGCGCGAUAAAAGACGGAGAGCUAUUAUGUAUAAAUAGUGAAAGCGCGUAUGUAAGAAUUAAAAAAAAGAUAGUUAAACGAAAAUAAUGGUAUAAAUGCAAGAAAGAAGAGUAUGAAGCGUAGUUAAAACGUAGUCUCUUUAUAAAAAAAGGUGAACUAAUCAAAUUAUUAACGAGAUAUGAGGAGAGAUCCGGUCGUUGAGCGUGCGUGCGCAUUCGCGUAUACGAUUAUAGCGACAUCUUCUUCUUGGCCGCGAAAUCUCCAGAACGAUUGCGAAGAUAAAUGGGAUUUAGAGUGAUGAUAACGACGACUUUAAUGUGUACAGACUCAAUGUAUUCGUUGUACAAUUGCAACCGAUCGAUUAUUUUAAGGUUUAAUAAUUACGAUAAUGGCAAUUCGAUCCUCUUAUUCAAAGAUAUGCUGAAACGUUUUAGUACGUGGCAUGGAUUUCAAACGCGAACAGUAGCGCGAGAAAAAAUGUGUGUUGAUCGUUACACACUUUCACAACUAGCGGGUGCCACCUAUGUAAAUUUGUGUAUAAGAUAAUGCAAAAGAAAAUGAACUUGAUUAAGUAAAAGUGAAUCGUACGAUAACAGACCUCUUUUUCAUGUGACUUAGAGUGAUCACUGAAAUAAUAAGAUUAAUUUCAGUUCAAAAAAGGAAAAUUGCACGCUAUUCAGAUUGUAACAAAAAAAAAAAAAAAAAGAUCAAGAAUUUUUAAUUCGAAGUCUAUGAACGUCGAUCUCGAAUAAACUUGCGGCAUGGGAAAAGUCGUUGAAAAUUUUGAAAACCCUAAAAUGUGAUAUACGUACUCUUUAUAACCGGGAACGAUAUUCAGAAAAUCAAAACACGUUGAAUGCUAUGUCGAUAUUACUGAAGUACAACGGGUUGUUUUCCUUUUCAUUGAAGAGAAAAUUCGAUGUUUUUCCUAACAGAUAUCACGGUUUCUCGGUUCUAUCCUAUAGCGUCAUGAUAAAUUGUGAUGGUCCUAAGCUGCCUAAAAGGGCAAAGUGCAUAAUAAUAUGAUGGUGACAAGGUGAAUGUAAUGAAUAAUGAUAAAUAUUAAAGGUAUAUUGUCGCAAUAUACGCACGGCGGUCUUUACCA